GGCAGCAGCAGCGCCGAGAAGGGUGGGAAGCGCCGGGGCGAGCGGCGAUCGCUGCAAACCCCCUCCCCGAAGCCGCGGGGAUGAGGCGGGACGUGCGCAUCCUCCUGCUGGGGGAAGCCCAAGUGGGGAAAACAUCCUUGAUCAUGGCUCUGGUGGGGGAGGAGUUCCCUGAAGAGGUUCCUUCUCGGGCCGAAGAGAUCAUCAUUCCUGCAGAUGUCACUCCUGAGAAAGUCCCCACCCACAUUGUAGAUUAUUCAGAAGCCGAACAGACGGAAGAUGAGCUCCAAGAAGAGAUUGCCAAGGCCAACGUGGUAUGCAUGGUCUAUGAUGUCACAGAGGAGGCCACCAUUGACAAGAUUCGGACAAAAUGGAUUCCAAUGGUGAAUGGUGGCAUUGAGAGGUGUGCCAGGAUCCCCAUCAUUCUUGUGGGAAACAAGUCCGACCUGCACACCGGGAGCUCCAUGGAAACCAUCCUGCCCAUCAUGAACCAGUUCUCUGAGAUCGAGACCUGCGUGGAGUGUUCAGCAAAGAACCUGAAAAACAUUUCUGAGCUCUUCUACUAUGCCCAGAAAGCUGUUCUUCAUCCAACUGCCCCUCUCUAUGAUCCAGAGGAGAAACAGUUAAGGCCAGCAUGCGCCCAAGCGCUCACUCGUAUUUUCACCAUGUCCGAUCAGGAUAACAAUCAGAUCCUAAGUGAUGAAGAACUGAACUAUUUCCAGAAGUCCUGCUUUGGAAACCCGUUGGCUCCUCAGGCUCUGGAAGAUGUAAAAAUGGUGGUGUGGAAGAACACAACAGAUGGUGUCCAGGACAAUGGCCUUACACUCAACGGCUUCCUCUUCCUCAACACCCUCUUCAUCCAGAGAGGGCGUCACGAGACUACAUGGACCAUUCUCCGCCGCUUUGGCUAUGACGAUGCCCUGGAGCUGACCGAUGACUAUCUCUGCCCAGUGAUCCGGGUACCCCAGGACUGUUCCACAGAACUCAACCACUUCGGGUAUCAAUUCCUGCAACGGAUGUUUGAGAAACACGACAAGGAUCGUGACGGCGCCCUCUCGCCCGUCGAGCUGCAGAACUUCUUUGGUGUGUUCCCCUACAUCCCCUGGGGACCUGAGCUCUACCACACGGUAUGCACCACAGAUAAAGGCCUGCUUUCCCUGCAUGGAUUCCUCUGCCAGUGGACGCUGGUUGCCUACCUGGAUGUCCAUCGCUGCUUAGAAUACUUGGGCUACCUGGGGUACUCCAUCUUCUCUCAGCAGGACUCUCAGAUUUACGCCAUCACAGUCACCCGGGAAAAAAAGAUUGAUUUGGAGAAAGGCCAGACUCACCGGAAUGUCUUCCUGUGCAAAGUGAUUGGGUCUCGGGGAUCUGGCAAGUCCGCUUUCCUGCAGGCCUUUCUAGGGAAGAAUGUGGGGGUCCAAAGUGAAUCUGAAGAAAACAAAUCAUCCUAUUCAAUUAAUACCGUGCUGGUCAAUGGACAGGAAAAGCAUUUAAUUCUGCACGAAAUUGAAGCCGAUGUGGAAUUUGCAAAGGCCUCUGACACAACGUGUGAUGUUGCCUGCUUCUUGUAUGAUGUGACAGACCUCAAGUCUUUUAAUUACUGUGCUAAUAUUUAUAAGCAACACUACAUGGACAGUCAGGUCCCUUGUCUGUUCGUGGCUUCCAAAACUGACCUGCCGGAAACAUCCCUUCCUCACGGCUUCUCCCCAGCCGAGUUCUGCUACAAACACCGCUUGCAGCCCCCGUUUUACUUCUCCUGCAUCAGCCAGGAACUUCUCAGCACCGCGAUCUACACCAAACUAGCCACUGCCGCCACGUUUCCGCACCUGAACGACAUCGAGCUGGGCGCGUCGUCCUUCUGGAUCCGGGUUGCCUUGGGAGCUGCAGUGGCCACCAUUGUGGGAAUCAGCCUCUACAAGGCGAUGAUGAAGAACAAGUAGGGGAAUGGCGAGGAACAUGGGAAUCUCUCUUUUCUUUUCCUCCCCUGCUUUAGGUUGCUUUUUCCACCCGUCUCCUGGAGAAACCAACUUCAUUUGCUCCAAGCACUUUGCAAAACCCAAAAGAAGCGUGCAAGGGGAAGGCAGAAGGUCAUCUGAAGGACAUUCCACACCCCCUUUGGGCUUCUCCCGGAGGGACGGGUGGGCGGGCGUUGCAGAUGGGGGUGGAUGACCCACCGUUGCACCAGCAUCAUCAGAAAUCAUCGCAGUCACCCAACUGGCAAGGGCAAGAUUUUUGCAUUUUUUUUCUGACUCAGGGAAUGUCCCUCAAUCCUGCAAGCCAUAGCAUCAGAUAUCUUCUGGGCCACUCAGCUCCUACGAAUAUCUUCGCUUUCCCCCGUCGUUUUUGUUUCGUUUUUUUUUUAAAAAAACCCUUUUGGCUGUUCCUCAGAAGCUGAAGCUCCUGCAAGUCUGGUAGAUGUUUUUAAAUAGACGUGUCUCAGAGAGAGCUGAGACUGUCGGCCCUCUGCGGUGCCUUCUGCUUGGGCCUUCUGCUUCAUCUCCUGCUUGGAAAGGAUGUCUUUUGAGCUCCUCUGGUGUGGGGGGGCGGGAAGGGGGAAACUAUGAAGGUUUCUGGGACUUCCUGAACCCUUUUUCUACGAAGGAAUUUCACCCAGGUCCUCUUCUUGAGGAGGUGGGGUGACUCGAACACAGAACAAAGGCACCUCCAUGGAUGUGGAAGGAUGGAGAACGGAAUUUGAACUUCUCGCUCUUUGAUAACAGACAUGAAUCUUGUUGCACGCCCAUGGUAAGGUUUCGAGGGCAACUCGGAAACUUCUGUCUGUCAGGCCUGGAAGCCAUCUUGGUCGUACACUGUCUGUCACUCACACUCAGAUUUUGAGGGGUCAUGGGUGUUCCAGCAACUGGGGAGCCAGUUUGAGGAAGCAACUAGGACCUCUCUCUCCCUCUACAAGUAUUCUUGGAUGCAUUAUAGGAGCAUCCCCUUUUCAUGCAUUCAGCAAUUCAGCGCACGGAAAAGUCAUAGGUGAUGGGGUGUGGUUUUUGUUUUUUUUUUCCUGGACACUCCUUUUCCCCCACGCUCCAGGAAACCGAUAAUCUGCACAUUCUUCCUAUGUUUUAGAUUCUUGCUUGGGGAUAGGAGGGGAGGGGGAGGGGUAUCAAACAGGCACCCCCCCUUCUGCCGAUGGAUCUCUGCCAUGGUGGUCUAGCAGGCUAGGGCUCCCUCUCAGAGCCAUCUUCCAAACUUUUUAACUCUGGCUCCAAAAUUGAGCUGAAUAAAUAACGUUCACAAUUCAAAAGAGGAAGGGAAGGGGGGGGGGGAAAACCCAGAUUUUAUGCCGUCCCAUAAACAUCUCCGAAAGGAACAAUAAAAAGGAAAGUUUGGGGGUU